AAUAGUGAAUUGGUGUUCUGUAUGAAAGCGAGGCAAUAUCAUCGAUGAUUUGCAAGUUUUGAAAGAAAGUCGAAGUAAAUCAAAGACAUUUCACAAUUGAAUGUACAACGAAACAAAAGAAUUAUAAACAAUUUACGUUGUUCUGAACAUUUCGUUGGUCGUUCAUUGCAAUCGAGUUGGUGAUUGAAAAAUAUUAAAAAAAAAAUUGUGUGAUUUUUGUUGUGGGGCGAGUGUUGUUUUUAUAAUUUAAUAAUAAAAAUAUCUAAAAUGGCUGGUCCGAUAUUUGGGAAUAAUAGUUCGUUGCCAGGGUCGUCGGGCGGUAAUCGUCACUUGGUGGAGUUCCGUGCUGGUCGAAUGACAAUGGUUGGCAAAAUGGUACAUCCGGACACACGCAAAGGUUUACUAUAUGUGUAUCAAGCUGAUGAUGGUUUGAUUCAUUUUUGUUGGAAAAAUCGCACCACAAACAAAGUCGAAGAUGAUUUAAUCAUUUUUCCCGACGAUUGUGAGUUCAAACGUGUUGAACAAUGCAAAACUGGACGUGUUUAUUUGCUUAAAUUCAAAUCAACAUCGGCCCGUUUAUUUUUCUGGAUGCAAGAGCCAAAAGCAGACAAAGACGAGGAAUGGUGCCGACGCAUUAACGAUGUUAUGAAUAAUCCACCAUCGGUCAAUAGUUUAUCGAGCAAUCGUAGUGGCGGAAAUAGCAACAGCGAUGGAAAUGAUUUGUCAUAUAUGCUGAACAAUAUGUCACAACAACAAUUGUUGCAAUUGUUUGGCGGCGUUGGCCAAAUGGGUGGACUGAGUAAUAUUUUAGGCUCAAUAAACCGUUCGUCUGACAGUUCAUCAACACCACGAUCGGGAAGUCAAGGGAAUCGUACAUCUGGCUCGACAGCCGCCAGUUCAAAUUCACCAACAACUCCAGCUACAUCAACCGUUGCAUCGAAUGUUCCGCAAGCGCCGAAAAAAACCACAACCGCCUCAAGUCGAAGAAAUGGACAAGAAGAUGAAAGUGGCACUACUUCGGGUACUGGACAAAAGGUGCUCUUAUCGGACUUGCAGAACUUCCUAUCCGGAUUACAAUCGGGCGGUGAGGGUGCAGCUGGUGGCAGUGGGCGAAACAUCGAUUUAGCUAGUGCAAUAAAUACCGAAGCACUAGAUAAAAUUACUGCAAGCGAAGGCGAACGAAGUAGACUAGUAGCGCAUUUACCAACAAUUGAAUCAUCCGACAAUGAUAAAAAGCAAUUGAAAGAUACAAUUCAAUCGCCGCAAUUUCGACAAGCAUUGUCAUCUUUUUCGACCGCAUUGCAGUCGGGUCAAUUGGGUCCAGUUGUAUCGCAAUUUCAAUUAAAUUCGGAAGCAAUUGCCGCAGCAAAUACAGGCGAUUUAGAACAAUUUGUCAAGGCACUGGAAAAAAGUGCCGGUUCGAAUGCCAAAAAUGCAGAAAAGAAAGAGAAAUCCGAUGAAUCUAAACAGGACAAUACACCGAUGGAGGAAGAUAAAAAUGCUUAAAACAUAAUUAACCAUAUUGUGUAUGCAUUGCGCCCGAACUGUCAACGAAACAAUUUUAAAGCGCUAAUUAAUAAUUUUUUCCCCUCAUUCUUUUACAAAAUUCAAUCAUAUUCAUAUUUUCGUUUCUCCGUUUUUUUUUUCUUAACCGAAUUGAAAAUUUUGACAGGGAGAGACAGAGAAAUUUCGCCUAAUUUGAAAUAAAAACCAAAAAAGACGAAUCUAAUAUGAAAAUAACAACAAAAACGAUUUGAAUUGUAUAUGUUUGCUUUAUUUUUCAUUCAUACCUACGAACUGCAAUAUUUCGAUUACUUUAAAAUUCAUUUGAGCUUCUUAGAAAUUAGUUGAUUCAUUGAUUAUCACAGUUUUUGUAUGACACAACAAAAUCAUUUCGAUUUGUAUAACAAAUACAUUAACCUUAGUUGCAGUAAA